AUGAGCGACAAGUAUCUGCGAAAUGAGCAGCAGCAUCUGCUGAACUCUAUCGGCACGGAGGUGUGCUGGGGCUGGUCACCAGCCAUUGAUUUCGUGUCGCUGCUCGCCAAGCGACCGCGUCGUUCUGCGGAGCAUGGCGCGUCGCAGGAUGUCAUUGGUCGAAUUGUGGACCGGCGACAUGAGGUGCCGCCAUCGGCGUCGCCCGUGUCUGCCACUAAAACGACACCGUCCUCGAGGAGCAAAGAUGAGGCUGAGCUCGACGACCUCAUUGCACUAAUCCAGAGCCGCCAGGCGGCGAGCACUAAGGCUGCGGAGGCCACCCCAGGAGAGUCAGCAGAAUCGCAGCCUCACUGCACUCCACCUUACUCUUCUUCCACAGCAUCCUCUGCGCCCGCUGCGGUAGCGAAUGACGAGGUGAACAUCCUACUUGCCGGUGCAUCUGACAUUCGCCACAUGCUUCGCACCUUGUCUUCUCUUCGCGCUGCCGAGUCUGCCGACGGCAAGCGGAGGCCGCAGCCGACGUACCACUUCUACGUCUAUGAGCCGAACCUGCGCCUGCACUGCCGCCACCUCUUCUUUCUCCAGUGGUUGCUCGACAGCAUGUUUGCGCUGGAGGAGCUCGAGGAGCGUGUUCUUAUGUUUUUGGACGUCUACGGUAACGCGCUGAUGCGCGACAUAACCGCUGCACAGGUGCGCAACGUGGUGCAGCGGCUGCGCAAGGCGCUCGAAACCGACUGUUCUCCGCUGCUCUGCAUCGCCUCGUUUGAGGAGAUGAAGAGCAAGGAGCGCGACUUCGUGGAGAGCCAACUGGCACACUGGACCCGCGACGCCUCCGCGGCGGACAUCAGGGAGCAGUGGGAGCAGCGCGUCCGGCAGGAGAUGGCGGAGCGCUACGACAACCGCGACAACAUCAUCGACUGGGACUUUGUCUUUCACUUGACGGAGUACACAAACCUGCUCAAGUUCCCGGAGUACCGCACAUGGCGCAACACCGGCGUCGCCUUCGACGUCAGUCACAUCAACCCGCGACGAGGCUUCAACUACGAAUACAAGGUCCCCAACAAGACCCUCUGCUUCUUCUCCAGCGCCGGCCGCGGCGUCUACGCAGGGGACAUCAAGAAUGGGCCAUUUUUUUCCUUUGGUGCGCUCACGCAAAACACGCACAUUCGCCAACGCACGACGGAUGGAACGUGCAGGCAUGGGAACGGCGUAGUUUCCAUGCACAACGUGCGCGCCUGGCUGUACACACUCAUGACCGGCUUACCGUGGCCGUGGGCCGACCACGCCUUCGCCUGGGACGACCCCAACAAUUACAACUACCUUCCUCCUGGUACACCGAGCGGUGUCUCCUACACCGCCGAGCUACCGAAGGUGCGUGUGCAUUUUGUGGGCCUGCAGUGGGACCGCUUUCUGCGGCACUGCAAGGAAGGACAGGUUCCACGCAUGGAUGCAGCCUUCUUUGGCACCUCCUGCACUCAGUACAUGUCCCCCACCGUGCUGGGCGACGUCAUGUCCGGCGCGGCGCACGCGGUGGUGGUGGCGGAGACAGCGAAGUUCAUCGUGGACGCCGAGGACGUGGCGAAGAAGAUCUAUAUCGCGAAGCUGGACGAUCUGGCGCACGCAGGCGGGUGGGCAAGGGAAGAUGCGUUGACGAACGACCUCCACGAAGGCAAACCUGACCCACUGCCCGUGAAGGGGACGAUGACCGAUGCACAGAAACUCUCACACGAGCGGUACAUGCAGCCAUCGCUGCUCGCCUACGUCGCGAAGGCUCCUGCGUAG